UGUCUCAUUAUUAUAGAGAUUCCAGUCGGUGACAGUACACAGAACUGCGCGUAAAGAUGGCAAUGACGGACACAGAGUGGGGGAGCUCAAAUCGAGCCGAGUCUGGGUCCCCAUUCUCUGAGAUAAUUGAACUGAAUGUCGGGGGACAGGUGUAUGUGACACGGCACAUAACUUUGGUCGCCGUUCCAGACUCGCUCCUCUGGACCAUGUUCAGCAAGAAGGCUCCAAAGGACCUGGCGCGAGACGGCAAAGGGCGCUACUUCUUGGACAGGGACGGUUUCUUGUUCCGUUAUAUUUUAGACUACCUGCGGGACCUCAACCUGGUGCUGCCUGAUUAUUUCCCCGAGAAAAGCCGGCUGCAGAGGGAGGCUGAGUUUUUCCAGCUGCGGGACCUGUCCAAGCGCCUGAGCCCCAGUAUGAGCAAAGAGAACUCCAUCAACGAGGAGAUUUGCCAGAGCGACACCGAGGAGGGUGCGCUUCAGUGCGGCACCGGGUCCUCCAGCGUUGGCAUGGAAACUUUGCGCAUGAUGACUGCAAUGAGCAGCGCUCGCUCCCAGUCUAUGGAGUCCAGAAAGUCGGGCUACAUCACAAUUGGAUACCGGGGAUCGUACACUAUAGGGAGAGAUAUCCAAACCGACGCCAAGUUCAGGAGAGUGGCGCGCAUCACGGUGUGCGGGAAAAUUUCCCUUGCCAAAGAAGUGUUCGGGGACACUUUGAAUGAGAGCAGGGACCCCGACCGGCCACCGGAGAGGUAUACGUCCCGUUACUACCUGAAAUUCAAUUUCCUUGAGCAGGCGUUUGACAAGCUGACCGAGGUUGGCUUUCACAUGGUGGCUUGUAGCUCCACGGGCACAUGCGCCUACACCAGCAAUGACCCAAACGAGGAUAAAAUCUGGACGAGUUAUAACGAGUAUGUGUUCUGUCGGGACUAAAAUGUUAAUAUGGUCACCACCUGAGCCCACCCACUGCCAACAGAAAAUUACUGUUUUGUGUUUACUCGUGUAAAUAGACAUCUCAUAAUUUCCACAAAGAGAAAAGGGCCUGCAUAUUUGAUCUUUGACAUUGUCUCCAACAUAUAUUAUUCAAUGUCAUUAUUUAAAAUCUCUUUACAUAUUUAAUGGAAAAUAGCCACAGACUAUAGGUCAAUACACACUAACCUAGAAUUCCGGAUGUUAUCAUAUGUUAAUUUUCCUUGUGGAGAUGGCUAUUGAAUGAAUGAAUUGAAUGACAUUUUACACACACGCACAUGUAACAGAUGUCCCAUGAAGACAAGAAGACGGGUCAUACUUGGUAAAUCUCUUGAGUUGUGUUUGUAAAGAAAGGACUGUCCAGCCAGCGAUCCCAGAUUGGUGUUUAUUCUGAAGAUAGACACAAAGGAGCACAUUAGAUGUGCCGGACAAUAAUAUGUUGAUUGCUGUAGAUUAGUGAUUGGUCUUUUAGCAUGGAAAUAACUGUGAAUUAGCAGGGAGCGACCAUUACAAAUAGGGCAUUCUAGCUAACUUGCUCUUACAGCAAUGACAUACAAAAGCACACCCCAGGAAGCCCUCAAUAUCUAACAGGUAACACACACACACAUAUAUCUACACAAAUUAUAGAAAACAUUAAGGAUACCUGCUCUUUCCAUGACAUAGACUGACCAGGUGAAUCCAGGUGAAAGCUAUGAUCCCUUAUUGAUGUCACUUACUAAAUCCACUUCAAUCAGUGUCGAUGAAGGGAAGAAGACAGAUUAAAGGAGGAUUUUUAAGCCUUGAGACAAUUGAGACAUGGAUUGUGUAUGUGUGCCAUUCGGAGGGUGAAUGGGCAAGACAAAGGAUGUAUUUGCCUUUGAACGGGGUAUGGUAGUAGGUUCCAGGCGUCAAGAACUGCAACGAUGCUGGUUUUUCAUUGCUCAAUAGUUUCUCGUGUGUAUCAAGAAUGGUCCACAAUCCAAAGAACAUCCAGCCAACUGUUUUAUUUUAUUUUUUAUUUCACCAUUAUUUAACCAGGUAGGCUAGUUGAGAACAAGUUCUCAUUUGAAACUGCGACCUGGCCAAGAAAAAGCGUAGCAAUUCGACACAUACAACAACACAGAGUUACACAUGGAAUAAACAAAACAUACAUUCAACUUGACACAACUGUGGGAAGUAUUGGAGUCAACAUGGGCCAGCAUCCCUGUGGAACGCUUUCAACACCUCGUAGAGUCCAUGCCCCGACGAAUUGAGUCUGUUCUGAGAGCAAAAGGGUGGGUGCAAACUCAAUAUUAGGAAGGUGUACUCAGUCUAUCUAUCUAUCUAUCUAGAAAUGUACAUAGUGAACUCAUACACAUUGUAAAUAUGAAAAUAGGAUAGAGUAUUUCAGAACGUGACCUACUGCUUGUAUAGCAAUAUCAGACUGGGAAGAAUUGACGUUCGCAAUCUCCUAUCUGCAAGCAUGACCAAUGGCAUAACACCUUAUUGAUAUGUACAUUCAACCAACCAAUAGGAAUAUGUAAACAUACGCAUGCACUUGAUUCACACGGGAAACUGUUGAGCAUUUUCCACCAGGUAGUGUUGCAGGUCUUGACAAAAACCGGUGCACCUGGCACCUACUACCAUACCCCAUUCAAAGGAACUUGAAUAUUUUGUCUUGCCCAUUCACCCUCUGAAGGGCACACAUUCACAAUCCACGUCUCAAUGUUUAAAAAUCCUUUGUUAACCUGUCUCCUCCCCUUCACUGAUUAGACGUGGACUUAGUGAUACCAAUAAGGGACCGUAACUUCCACCUGGAUUCACCUGGUCAGUCUAUGUCAUGGAAAAACAGGUGUUCAUAAUGUUUUAUACACUCAGUGUAUACAUGCCACCUUUCAGUUAUUUCAUAGACCGGUCACCAUGGUUCCCUGCCACUGACUGGUAACCUUCAGUAUUGUUUUCUGAAUCUAGUCUUGUUAAAAAAUAAAUAGAGUUGAUUUAUGUAAGAGAUGAUUUUGAAUGUCCAAGAGUAAUAGACAUACAUGUAUUUCUACUUUAUUUUGUGUACUAGAACUUCUACAGAGCCUAUAUUGACCUGAAAUAACUUGCAUUAUUAGCCUACUAAGACCACAUCUCUGCCGAGCUGACAAAUGCAAAUUCCUGUAGUAAUAAUGGUGUUGUAAUGAAAUUGGGUUAUUUAUCUGUGCGAGACUAGGCAAUCAAAGCAUUCCUCCCUGUCUCAAUUUGCAUGACAAUGUUAAAUUAACCCCCAUCAGACUCCACUUUGCGAUCCAUAAAGUUAAUACAAUUGCGUAUAGACAUGGCAGAACAUUAUUGUAUUAUUUUACAGCAUUUUAGUCAGCGUAAUUCAUUCAUUAGAGGCUUGCUUUAUCAAAUAAUGUAUUUUCUACUUCAUUCCACAGUAGUCUGAUUGCCCAAAAAUAUGCAUUUGUUUUGUUGCGUUGCAUAUUUGUUAACUUGUUCAGAUACUGAAAUAAAGUCUUCUGCAA